UUUGUCAAAACCAUAUGAUACGACACUAGUCAUGUCAGUAUGGCAGUUGGCUUGUAUUGGGUUGUGAUAUGUUUACAAGAUUUUCGGUAUUGUUUGAGGAGUACUUUUGCGUCUAGUCGUGAAUUGUAAUGGAUACAACAGAAAAUAAUAGCGACACCGAGACUGAAAGCACCGAAGAGGAAGUGGAACCUAAGUUAAAAUAUGUCCGAAUCACGAAUGACUUACAGAAUAUUCUCAAUAAAGAUGCUGUUACAUGCGUCGCAGUGCAUCCUAGAUUUCUUUUCUUUGGAACAUUCUUCGGUAACGUUUAUUUGCUCGACCACCAGGGCAAUUUCGUGGAUUCAUUCCUGAACCGCCAGCAGAGCUUUUCGCACUCGGUUUCAGUAAAUCAAAUUUCAAUCGACUCCAAAGGUGAAUAUGUUGCAACAUGCUCGGAUGAUGGAAGGGUCAUUAUCAAUGAAUUAUACAAUGAAGAAUCUCAUCAGAAACUAGAAAUUGGUAAAUUUGUCCGAUCGGUGGCUCUCGAUCCCGACUAUCAUAAAUCGGGGUCAGGUAGGCGACUUAUUGUAGGGGACGAUAGAUUAACGCUGUUCGAAAGAAAUUUUGUGAAAGGAUUGCGAUCGACAGUAUUAAGCGAGUCAGAAGGGCUAGUCUCUGCCGUCGCUUGGAGUGGCCAGUUCGUGGCGUGGGCCAGCAGCCUUGGUGUACGUGUCUAUGAUUUGAACGAAAAGUGUUCGUUGGGUCUAAUUAAAUGGGAUGAACAAAAUGGUAUUAAAUUGGAGAGUUUCCGAUGCAAUCUAAGGUGGGCUAAUUCCACUACGCUUCUGAUCGGCUGGGUGGAUACAAUUCGCAUUUGUAUUAUACGAAAACGAAAUGCCAUCGAAGUUUCUACAAGGGACUUACCUGGAUAUAUUGUAGAUCCAAUAUCAACAUUCCAAACGGAUUUCUUCGUAUGCGGAGUGGCGCCUUUAGAUGCAAACCAGUUAGUUGUUCUAGGUCACCCAAAGGAACGUGAUGCUGAAAGCAAAAAGGCAUUACGGCCUAUAUUGUGUGUGUUGCAAUAUAAAACAAGUGAUUAUUCUGAAAUUUGUACCGACAGUUUGUCUUUGCGAGGAUAUCAAGAGUACAAAGUAAACGACUACCAUCUGGAUUGCCUAAUUGAGGAGAAUAGAUAUUUUAUCGUUUCGCCGAAAGAUGUAGUAGUGGCAAGCCUUUAUGAAAAUGAUGACCGCGUGCAAUGGUUAAUUGAUCACAGAAAAUUCGAUCAGGCUAUAGAAGUAAUAAGUGCACACGGUGGGAAAUAUUCAUUGGUGAAUGUAGCACGGCUUUAUAUAGACCACUUAAUUGCACAAAAACAGUUUGAUGAAGCAGCUAAAUUAUGCUUAAGGGCGUUUGGCUCGAAUAAAGUUUUGUGGGAGGAAGAAGUAUAUAAAUUUGUGAAAGUUCAGCAAUUAAGGUCAGUAAGUGCAUAUUUACCUCGUACAAAUGACUGUAAGCUGAAGCCCCAAGUGUAUGAAAUGGUUUUGUACGAGUAUUUGAAACUAGAUUCUAAGGGCUUUCUUAAUUUGGUGAAAGAAUGGCAUCCCAGUUUGUAUAACACAUCUGCUGUAAUCAAUGCCAUCCACGACAAUUUCUCUAAAAGAGACGCUGAUGAACUUUUAGAAUCGCUCGCUAUUCUUUACUCGCAUGAAAAGAAAUAUGACAAUGCAUUAACGAUGUAUUUAAAACUUCAAAAUAAAGACGUUUUUGAUUUAAUCAAGAAACAUAACUUAUAUAACGUCAUUCAUCAAAUGAUUAUACCUCUAAUACAAUUAGAUGAGGAUCGAGCAAUUCAGAUGCUGUUGGAAAAGAAUAAAAUACCGCCAGAGAUAGUGGUUCAACAAUUGGAGCAAAGACAGGACUACAUGUAUCUUUACCUAGAUGCGUUAGAUAAAGUGGAUAACACCGGCAAAUUUCAUUAUAAACUGGUUAAUCUUUACGCAAAAUAUGACCGUGACAAACUCUUGUCAUUUUUGAAAAGAUCGGAUCGGUAUCCAAUUCAGGAAGCCUUCGAUACGUGCAAAAGGGAGUUAUUCUAUCCAGAAAUGGUGUAUUUGUUGGGACGAAUGGGGUGUAUACGAGACGCUUUGAACAUUAUAAUGCAUAAUAUCAAGGACAUAAACAUGGCGAUUGAGUUUUGCCAAGAGCAUGACGAUGCGGAUUUAUGGGAUGCUCUUAUAAACGAAUCACUGGAAAAACCAGAAAUAAUGACUAAACUGCUAGAUGGUAUAGUCGGUUAUGUAAAUCCUGAAAUACUUGUGAAUAAAAUUAAACUUGGUCAGCAAAUCCCUGGGCUGAAAAAGUCGCUUAUUAAAAUGCUUUGUGAUUAUGGGUUACGCGUGUCAAUACAGGAUGGAUUUAACGAAAUUCUUGUUACGGAUUACUUUAAUUUACAAGAGAAACUAGUGCAUUGUCAUCGACGUGGUCUCUAUGUUGCAAGUGAUAAUGUCUGCGGAUUGUGUCGUCGGGACAUUAUUGUAAAAGACCCUUUAAAAACCGAUAUUAUUGUUUUUAAUUGUCGCCAUUGUUUUCAUGAGAACUGUUUACCAGAUAGAUAUAAUGUGAACUUUUGUACGGUAUGUAAUUCAAAACAGUAAAAUUGGAGUUGAAUGAAGAUGCAAAUUGAUAAUAUUCAGUUUUCAUAUUAUUUCACUGCAUAGCAGAUGUGCAUUGAAUAAAUAUUCUUGCGAAACACGUUAUGCUGCCGAAUUUUUAACAAGAUUUUACCACCUACCAUGCAAACAUUUUGCAUGACAUUAAUCGAAAUCAGAUUUUUUGGCUAUUUGCUAUUCGUUCUUCCUCAAUUUUGUUAUGUUUCAACGUUUUUAUGCAUUAUUUGUUAAUAUAUCUAUAUGUAUGUAAAGUGGUAAAUAAAGUAGACCCUGAAGAUUAAA